ACUCGUAAAUGCAUUAGCCGUCGGAACCUAUAGUUUAUCUCUACCGAGUGGUCUUGUAUUGCAGUUAAAUAAUUGUCUGUUUGUACCUAGUAUGAGCAGAAACAUCAUUUCUGUAUCCUGCCUUGACAAAGCAGGAUUUUCGUUCGUUGUAAAAGACAAAACUCUUUCUGUCUUUAGAAAUGAUAUAUUUUAUGCAAGUGCAAAAAUGACCAACGGUCUCUAUGUCCUCGACAUGGAUACCGCAGUAUAUAACGUUGAUGUUAAGAGAAACAAACCUAACACUGCACACACACUCAACAGAGUUCCAUCUAAAGCUGUCGAGAGCACACCAUACGAACUAUGGCGUGGGAGAAAACCGAGUUUCUCGUACUUUAAGAUUUGGGGCUGUGAAGCUUAUGUAAAACGUCUCAUGACGUCUAGUAAGUUGGAGCCUAAAUCUGAUAAAGUAAUUUUUGUGGGAUACCCCAAGGAAACUAGAGGAUGACUAUGACCAAUCUGGGCCUAUGUAUGACAAUCAACCUGAUCCACUCGUCGAGGAAAUAAUAAGAUUAGAACAGAAAAUCUUCUAUUUCGACGAACUUUUAUUCGCUGAAGGCUCUUGGUACGAACCACCUUACUCUCGUGACUACACUUUGUUUGCUGAAGAGCAAAUUGAAGCAAACAAGGUGGCAAUUCGAGAAAGAGCAAAACUUCUUGAGUCAGUCCAGAAGGAAAAGGAGUUUGAGAAGAGAUUAUGCGAAGGAUCAAAAAUGAUGCAGAAAAUGCUGGACGACUUUCAAAGAGAGAGACUAGAAGCUGAGUCUAAAGCCGAUAAAUUAGUCAAUGAUCUCUGUAUGGCUGUUGAACUUAAACGCUCCCUCCAAUCUCAAGAUCAAAUGAGGGAGAUUAAUGUUCAAAAAGAGGCUCUAGAACCUAAGACCAACCCUGAACCAUCCAAUCAUCAGGUGCCAGUUCUAGAAGAUUCACCAAGUUCUACACCAUCUCAGAAACCUGAGAGCAUAACAACUCUUGCUAGGGCUACUGUGGUGAUGUUACCUGAAUACCCUCCAAGCCAAGUCUCAACCGGCACAGUCGUACAUGAGGUGGAACCAACUGAGGGAACUGACUCAGAACCACCUACGCACAUUCAAGAAAAGGAGGAGGAAAUUUUGCCAACGGCAAUAAACGACCAUCUCCUUAAUUGUGUUGAAGACACACCUCCAGAGGAACCUGUUCUGGAGGAAGUUCCAGUUCUAGAAGAUUCACCUAGUUCUACAUCAUCACAGAAACCCGUGGUGAUGUUACCUGAAUACCGUCCUAGCCAAGUCCCAACCAGCAUAGUCGUACAUGAGGUGGAACCAACUGAGGGACCUGACUCAGAACCACCUACGCUCAUUCAAGAAAAGGAGGAGGAAGUUUUGCCUACAGCAAUAAACGACCAUCUCCUUAAUUGUGUUGAAGACAUACCUCUAGAGGAACCUGUUCUGGAGGAAGUAGAGCCCAUUACCUGCCCCCAAGAUACCAAUGUCCAAGUGUCUAAGCAGGAAUCUAUAGACGAGGAAUUACUUUGCAUGGAAAAGCCAACUCCGCUUAUAGAAACCUGUGUACAUAAUGCUUCAUCUGAAGAUUCAGACCAUACCUUCUUUGACUCCAUACUUGACGAGUGUGACUAUGUCUGCCCGAACGAUGGUUGGAGCCAAAAGAGUUGGGAUGAACUUCUCGUAAGUGACACUGAAGACGCAUCCAUGGGGGAAAGCAUGAUCAUAAUCAUCAAACCACAAAUGGAUAGUCUGCCAAUUGAAGAUAAGGAAGAUAUUAAUCUUGCUAUGAAGGCCAAUGAUGUGGAUCAAUUGAGGAGACUUCCGCCGCCACCCACUUAUCUAGAGUCUCCUCCUUUUAUCCUGCUGCCACCAAGCCGUUGGGAUGAGUCAAGGAUCCUGGACCUUGACCGAGCAACAAAUCAAACAAGGUGGUAUCAGAAGAGAGUUAAAAGGGCCAAACUUUAUGACUCUCAGAUCGGAAAGUCACGGAAAAAGUGGGUGAGCGUCGAGCUACGGACGUUAAAGAAGCGCUUAACGGGAGGCAACCCGUCAUUCAAAUAACUAAAAUAAUUAAUAAAUCCAAUAGUUUUAUUUGUUAGUUUUUGAGGUUUUGCUUGCCGCACCAGUUUUUGGGGCAAGAGUUAUUUUGUUUGUUGUCUUUGCUUUUGCAGAUGAGAGAAUUGUAGGGCAUACCUUACAGUGG